AUGUCCGUCAGCCCAUCGCCGGAGAAAUCUUGGCAGACGAGAGCGUCGAAGGCCGCCAGCGUGCUGCCGCCGGGGGACAGGACAACCGCCUCCUGGUCGCCUGCCGCCAGGAUCAGCGGCUCCGCUACAGUGUCGUGCGUGCGAAGGGGGAACGGCUUGAGGGUGGGGACCACGGCCGGGGACUCGACUAGGCCGGAAAGUGACGGGAGGUUUGACCAUGUGGCUCCUGAAGACAACGUCACCGCGGCUUCCUUUACGAUGCCUGUGGCCAUCUUUUCUCGGGAUCAAAAUCGGCGUAGCAACCUCCAACGAACUCGUGUCCACAUGCCUGCCAUAGCUUCUAGAGAAAUCUCCGUGUUGAAAUAA